AUGUUGAAGGCCGCCACUCGAGUCAGCAAAGUUGCUCUUCGAAGCGCCGCGGAGAUUCCUGAGGGAGCCAUGGCCUUCUCAUUCGCUUCUCCCCACGAGGAGUUCUACACCGCCGACAUCACCAUCAAGCAGGUCGACAUUCCCACCACCACUGGCAUGAUCGGUGUCCUCCCUUCCCACGUCCCCACCUUCGGCACCCUCGCUCCCGGUGUCAUGACCGUCAUCUCUGAGGCCAGCACCUCCAAGUUCUUCAUCAGCUCUGGCUCCUACACCGUCAACCCUGACUCCUCUGUCUCCGUCAUUGCUGAGGAAGGUGCCGCUCUCUCCGACUUCGACAAGGAGGCUGCCCAGCAGGCCUUGAACGCCGUGAACACCUCCACUCCCGAAGGCGAGAUCGAAGCCGCUGUUCUCUCUGACCUUGUCGCCAACUUGUAA